AUGUGGAGACGUAUUGAUAACUACGUUCACGCUCCAGUGUGCUGGCGCAAGCUGGCGCUCAAGCGAGGUGUCGCAUACCUUGCGUACAACGACCAGGUGCCAAAGGAAUUCACUGGUACACGAGGAGGACACUCAAAAGGCGUUGUCAUGGCAAGCAAAAAUAGCAACCGUGUCGGCACAGUGUGGUUGCAGCACAGCGUGCCGCGCUUCCUCAUGGACUGGAAAAGUGGCUACCAGUACCCUCCGAGCGGACAAGACAACGGCCAACUUUUUCUCUGCCUGUCGUUGGAUCUCGAAACUGUGGAAACAAUAGCGCACCACCUCCAAAUCCAGGCUGCUAAUGUUUACCAGUCCAAGCCAGAGGAUUGGGCGCGAAAUUUUAUUGUGUUCUGGGACCUCCUGAACAGAAAGUAUUAUCGUGACCCAGGUGAACUCAAGGUUGAUUAUUUCAAAACCAUCGGCGGGCAGCAAGUGUUGACAAUUGCAAAGAGUCCUGCCUGGUCAAGAGAUAUAUACGUGCAGGACAUGAGAAAUGAAGUCGGCGACAAUAUCACGGUCCAAUCUUGGAGAAACGGCGCUGGUACUGCGCAAGAGAAAUAUUGUACUAGAGAGUACAGUGUCACGGAUGUCCAGGAGACACGUAUUAAAUCAUCCGGCAAAGAAGAUUGCUUCGUAACCACUGUGGACCACAGCAAGUGGUUUGUAGCACACAAUAAGGAAAUCUUCUGCUUCUCUUCAAUGAACCGCAUGGUGAGCCUGUCGUUUUAG